GUUAUAGAAGAGUAGAAGAAGAAGCAGUGGGUCAUGUGAUCUGCAGCUUGUUGUUGAUCAGCUGACUGCUGCUGCUUCUUAUAUGAAUUUAAACCAUUAAUCAUCUUCAUUCAUCUUUAAUCUAAACCCGGAGACAUGUCCUUCAUCACCGCCAACUGGAACCCGCUGGGAGAGGCUUUCUACCGUAAGACGGAGCUGUAUGAGAUGUCCUGGUCUCUGAGGGAUGGACUCAGAGACAGUCUGGUGGCUGCAGCCCCGUAUGGAGGACCUAUAGCUCUCCUCAGAGAACCUCACAGACGUUCCCCGAGUUCUCGUCCUCAGCUGGAGAUUUAUUCUGCGUCAGGAGUCUCCAUCGCCAGCUUCCCGUGGAAGAGUGGUCCAGUGGUCCAGGUGGGCUGGACGGUGAGUGAUGAGCUGCUGCUGGUUCAGGAGGACGGAUCAGUUCUGAUCUACGAUAUCUUCGGGACCUUCAAGAGACACUUCAGCAUGGGACAGGAAGUGGUUCAGUCUCAGGUGUUGGAGGCCCAGGUGUUCCACUCUCCUUAUGGAACAGGGGUUGCCAUAGUAACGGGUUCCUCACGAUUCACCUUGGCGACCAACAUCGACGAUCUGAAGCUCCGGAGGUUACCUGAGGUCCCAGGUCUCCAGGGUAAGCCAAUCUGCUGGCUGGUUCUGACUCAGGACCGGCAGACUAAAGUCCUGCUGUCUACCGGACCUGAUCUCUACAUCCUGGACAACACGUCCUGCACCGCUGUGAGUCCCCCAGGUCUGUGUCCUCAGGCUGGCAGCAUUGUCCACAUGUCCGUCUCCUUCAGCUACAAAUACCUGGCUCUGUUAACAGACACCGGACACCUGUGGACAGGCCCCUCCCACCUGCAGGACAAACUGAAUGAAGUGGACACCAAGAACACAAAGCCCCCCCAACAGAUGGUCUGGUGUCGCAGGCCGAAGAGUCAGCAGCCGUCUGUGGUUCUGCUGUGGGACAAACUGCUGAUGGUGGUUGGAGUCUGUCAGGACAACAUCCAGUUCCCGAUCGAGGAACCCUGUGUUCUUGUGGGUGAACUGGACGGGGUCCGGAUCCUCAGCUCCUCUCAGCAGGAUCUUCUUCAGGAGGUUCCUCUGGUCUGUCAGGAGAUCUUCAAGAUCGCCUCAAUGGCUCCUGGAGCCCUGCUGCUGGAGGCCCACCGGGAGUACCAGAAGUCUAGUCAGAAGGCUGAUGAGUACCUGAGGGAGAUAAAGGAGCAAAGCAUGCUGGGAGAAGCAGUCCGCCAAUGUGUGGAGGCAGCAGGACAUGAGUAUGACUCCAACACCCAGAAGGACUUGCUCAGGGCGGCGUCCUUUGGGAAGUGCUUCCUGACGGACUUCAGUCCCGACCCGUUUGUUCUGACCUGCAGAGAGCUGAGGGUUCUGAACUCAGUGAGAGAGAGCAGCGUAGGUCUGCCUCUCACCCACACUCAAUUCAAACAGAUGACUCAACAGGUGCUCAUCGACAGGUUGGUGUACAGACAGUUUUACCCGAUAGCGAUAGAGAUCUGUCGGUACCUGAAGAUUCCAGAUUACCAAGGAGUCAGCCGAGUCCUGAAACACUGGGCUUCCUGCAAGGUGCAGCAGAAGGACCUGACGGAUGAGGCGAUUGCCCGGGCGGUGUGUGUGAAGGUGGGAGACUCACCUGGUGUCUCUUACUCUCACAUCGCAGCUAAAGCCUACGAGUGUGGACGCACCGAGCUUGCCAUCAAGCUGCUGGACUUUGAGGCUCGCUCUGGAGAACAGGUUCCUCUGCUGCUGAAGAUGAAGAGGAGUCAGCUGGCCCUCAGUAAAGCUGUGGAGAGCGGAGACACUGAUCUGGUUUACACAGUGGUGACGUACCUGAAGAAUGAGAUGAACAGAGGAGAUUUCUUCAUGACCCUGAGGAACCAACCUGUGGCUCUGAGCCUCUACAGACAGUUCUGUAAGCUGCAGGAACAGGAAACUCUGAAGGACCUCUAUAACCAGGACGACGAUCAUCAGGAACUGGCAAACUACCACGUAACUGCCAGCUACAGAGAAAAGAGGUUGGACAGCCGUCUGUCUCUCCUGCAGAGCGCUGUGGACGAGUACAACAAGGCAAAGAAUGACUUCUCUGCAAAGGCAACAGAGGACGAGAUGCGUCUUCUGAGAUUCCAACGCAAAUUGGACGACGAGAAAGGAGCAGGGCUUCUGGGACUAUCUGUACAGGCCACCUUGGAGGCUCUGCUGGCUCUAGGUCUCCACAAACAGGCGGAGCAGCUCUACAGAGACUUCAGAGUUCCUGACAAGAGGUAUUGGUGGCUGAAAGUGAAGUCUCUGGUGGAGAAAGAGGAGUGGGAGGAGCUAGAGAAGUUCUCCAAGAGCAAGAAGUCUCCUAUUGGCUACCUGGCUUUUGUGGACAUAUGCAUGAAGAGCAACAACAAGUAUGAAGCCAAGAAGUACGUCUCCAAGGUAACACUGGAGCAGAAGGUCAGAGCACAUCUGGCUGUAAGCGACCUGGAGGGCGCGGCCGAUGCUGCUAUCGAGCGAAAGAACGAGUCGGAGAUGGCCACGGUUCUCUCUCGAUGCUCCGCCUCCGACCGGCUGGUCAUCGACCGGCUGAGCCGUGCAGCCACCGCCGGCAAAAAGUGAUCCUCCAUCACACAGACAGCAGGCGGCCUGCCACAAAGUGAUCCUCCAUCAUACAGACAGCAGGCGGCCUGCCACAAAGUGAUCCUCCAUCAUACAGACAGCAGGCGGCUUGCCACAAAGUGAUCCUCCAUAACACAGACAGCAGGCGGCCUUCUGCCACAAAGUGAUCCUCCAUCACACAGACAGCAGGCGGCCUUCUGCCACAAAGUGAUCCUCCAUCACACAGACAGCAGGCGGCCUUCUGCCACAAAGUGAUCCUCCGUCACACAGACAGCAGGCGGCCUGCCACAAAGUGAUCCUCCGUCACACCGACAGCAGGCGGCCUUCUGCCACAAAGUGAUCCUCCGUCACACAGACAGCAGGCGGCCUUCUGCCACAAAGUGAUCCUCCGUCACACAGACAGCAGGCGGCCUUCUGCCACAAAGUGAUCCUCCGUCACACAGACAGCAGGCGGCCUUCUGCCACAAAGUGAUCCUCCAUCACACAGACAGCAGGCGGCCUUCUGCCACAAAGUGAUCCUCCGUCACACAGACAGCAGGCGGCCUUCUGCCACAAAGUGAUCCUCCGUCACACAGACAGCAGGCGGCCUGCCACAAAGUGAUCCUCCGUCACACCGACAGCAGGCGGCCUUCUGCCACAAAGUGAUCCUCCGUCACACAGACAGCAGGCGGCCUUCUGCCACAAAGUGAUCCUCCGUCACACCGACAGCAGGCGGCCUUCUGCCACAAAGUGAUCCUCCGUCACACCGACAGCAGGCGGCCUUCUGCCACAAAGUGAUCCUCCGUCACACAGACAGCAGGCGGCCUUCUGCCACAAAGUGAUCCUCCGUCACACAGACAGCAGGCGGCCUUCUGCCACAAAGUGAUCCUCCGUCACACAGACAGCAGGCGGCCUUCUGCCACAAAGUGAUCCUCCAUCACACAGACAGCAGGCGGCCUUCUGCCACAAAGUGAUCCUCCGUCACACAGACAGCAGGCGGCCUUCUGCCACAAAGUGAUCCUCCGUCACACAGACAGCAGGCGGCCUGCCACAAAGUGAUCCUCCGUCACACCGACAGCAGGCGGCCUUCUGCCACAAAGUGAUCCUCCGUCACACAGACAGCAGGCGGCCUUCUGCCACAAAGUGAUCCUCCGUCACACAGACAGCAGGCGGCCUUCUGCCACAAAGUGAUCCUCCGUCACACCGACAGCAGGCGGCCCUCUGCCACAAAGUGAUCCUCCGUCACACAGACAGCAGGCGGCCUCUGCCACAAAGUGAUCCUCCGUCACACAGACAGCAGGCGGCCUUCUGCCACAAAGUGAUCCUCCGUCACACCGACAGCAGGCGGCCUCUGCCACAAAGUGAUCCUCCGUCACACAGACAGCAGGCGGCCUGCCACAAAGUGAUCCUCCGUCACACCGACAGCAGGCGGCCUUCUGCCACAAAGUGAUCCUCCGUCACACAGACAGCAGGCGGCCUUCUGCCACAAAGUGAUCCUCCGUCACACAGACAGCAGGCGGCCUGCCACAAAGUGAUCCUCCGUCACACAGACAGCAGGCGGCCUGCCACAAAGUGAUCCUUGUACUUUGACUUCAGCGUGAAUAUUAAAGAGAAGAAGAGGACCAGGAAGAGGUUCUUCUUCUGUGAUCCAAGAUAACUACAGGAUGUGUUAUUGUGAUUUAUCUUUACAUUUUAUUUGUUAUAUUCUGCCUGAGUAACUUCUCACUGUAAACACAAUAAACAAGAACAAUAAAUAAAAUGAGUAACAUUUA